AGGAAAUAAUUUGCUACUGUAGAAAUAAAUGAUCCUCAUCAGUGACCUAUAGGAGAUUACUUGACUGAAAAGGUAUUUCUGGAAAUAUCCCAGCACAAGCAAGUACUUCACUAAGGCCAGGAGUUUCUCCUGCACUUCUGUGUAAAUGUUCUCCAGUGAAGAAGGCAGCCAUUCCCACACCCAGGUUUCUCUCCAGGCAAUGCCAGUUCAGAAGUCUGUGCAGAAGUCUGCCAGACCUGAGGGCUAACCCCUGGUGGGAGCUGCAUUUCCUUAUAUGUCUGACAUCCUGUGUCCAACAGAGCACAGUGACUUCUAUGGACACAUAUGGAAACUCUCCAGACAGACAAGCUGCCUUUCUAGAUAUGAAUUAAGGGAGGAAGCUUGUUAAAAACCAGCAUAGCUUGAGGUUCUUAGAGAGGAGAGUAAAGCAAUGUGCCUUUUCUCUCUCUCCAGAACAGGGAUUUCACACAGCACAGACAGUCAAGGCAAGCACCACAAAACAGCCCUCUCUGGAUGACGGCACAAUUAGCAAAGGUGUUAAGGGGGAGGAUACGAGCAAGCUUCCAUCAGUUUUUUUCCUCUUUGUCUGAUGAGACUUUUGGCUGUCACACCAGGAAUUACAUGUCUGAAACAGGAGCUGACGUGGCAGAGGAGAAGCUGGGACACUUUGCAGAAACAGCAUGAUCUAUGUCUGGCAUUGCCACAGUCACAAGGAUAGGACAGGACUUCUGGAGGUCUCUUGUCAAAACCCAUGAGCAGAGCAGGGCCAGCUGAGUUUCAAGUAUCACAAGGGAUUAUAUCCCACAACCUCCCAGGAGCCCUGUCCUGGUGUUCGACCACCAUCAUGACAAAAAUUUGUUUUCAAUACAUUAAGCAGUGAUUUCCCAUUGCUAUUGCUAUAUAUUCCCCCAAGGAAAGUUGUCUGCUUCACCUUUACACCUUCUCCCAAAAUCCCUCUUGAGACAUCUCUUGUUGAGGCUGACCAAACCCAAUGUCUUCUCAUAGGCCAGGUGCUCCUGCCCCAGUCAGUCACUUGUGCAGCCCUCAGCUACUGCUGCAUCAGUGAAGAACCAGCUGAGCCCACAGAGAAAGGCGGAGGCUCCGGCGCUGCACAGAUGGGUGCAGUAACACCUCAGUGGCAAAGGAGCUGGGGGGACUGACAGAGUGACAUAUAUUCAGGACAGGAGACUUGGUGUAUCCUGAUGCUUUUGCUGCAUACAUUUAGUCUCAGAAAGAAAGAAAGAAAUCGGGAUGGGACAGCAGAAAAUGAUAGGUUAUUGAGAUUAUAUGUCUCCUGCUCACCUCUGUAUCACUCAACAGGGCAGAUAAAGAGAUGGCAACUCUUUAUUUACCUCACCAGUGGAAAGUGUCUUGUUUGCAAUUGCCGUCAGCUUCUGCCCCAGCACCUAAGCUUUUCCUGUUUGUACCCUUAACUCUGCUGGUGUCAGAUACCUCCGUUCCAGAGGCUGGAGAAUUGAAGUGGCCUGACAGGCAGGGGCUGAACAGACUGAAGGCAGACUUUGCUCCCAUUUCAAGUGGACUGAUACUGCAAGAGCCACUCUGCCCAUGGGUGUGCCUGCCUGCUGCAAACAGCUUUCCCCAUACUGUGCCCAUGCCCCAGAGCUACCAGUGCUGAGGCAGCCUUUUCUAGCCCACUUUUCCUGUGCAAACCACAAAGAUGUUUUCUAGAGUCUGCAGGCACUAAUCAUUAGGGUUUGAACAUUCAGAUUAAAAAAAUAUUUUUAAAAUUGAGAGCCUGCAUUUCCAACUAGCACAAAAAUGUACCCUCUUUAAGAUAUUGCUACAAAAUAAUAGGCCAGAACUUCACAGCCUACACCAAAAAAUGACGCUCUAGCAAUGAGGCAUUAGGAGAAAAUGUUGGUAUGGUCACAGUAGCUGCUCAUGGGGAAUAUUGUUGAAGUUACCACCAUGUCAUAGAAAACUGUCUCACACCUGAGGACAUCUUUAUUUCAUGUUUAAUCUUGAAUGGCUUAUUUGAAACAGAAGGUGUAAAAACUACUGCUGUUGGUGAAAUGUGGGUCUGCAGGCUGGGAUUCCAAUCACUUAGCUGUAAGUGUCAGGAGUCAGAGUGGCUAUACACCAUCGGCACCUACCACUGAGCAGUGUAUCCAUGCUCACCUUAUAUUUGGGAAAAGAAGUUUUCAUCAGUGUGGUCAGCAGUCUGGAAAGCAGUCUGUCCUCUCUUAAAGCAAAUUUGGCCUGACCUGCAUUGGAUGUGAUGCACCCUCUUUGUCGACUGUACUGACUGUAUCUCCCCUUAACAGGAGGUGUAAACAUCUCUAUCAGAGACAGCCUAUGGUCACUGAACCGAGUCCCUUCUGUACAGGCAGCGAGGGAUCCCUGUAAGAAGAUAGCUGGUAGCUGUUAGUGGCAGUUUGGUUAUCACUGACCUUUUCUCUCAGUCUCAGCUUUAACAGGCUGAUUUGGCCAUGUUAUCAUACUUGGGAGAUGUUAUCAUCUCCCUGGGCUUCUGCACUCACUUUCUUUCAUCUCCUACAGUGAGAGCAAGUAAUGGAUACUUACAAGCUCUUUACCCAGCCAGGAAGCAGACAGAAUACAGCAACCUCUGCACUCCUAUAGGAUUUUUCAUUCCUUGCAAACUGAAAUCUUUGCGGAGACUUGAACACCACAUCCCAAAGUAGAGUAGAUGAGCUGACAGAUGCUCUGGGUUUUUGGGUGUGCAGACCAGUGAGCCCAGAGGUCACACACCUGCACCCCAUCCUCUCUUUGGAUUCAGCCAAGGUGAAUUCCUGGCUCCAGCCUCACAGCCAGAGCAGGAGCAGUCAUGAGAUGCUUUGUUGCUUGAGGAAAAGGGUCAAUAUAUUUUCUUUAGAUCAUAGGAUGAUUUUUAGAAAAGCCUCAUCAAUGAUACACUUUCUGCUUGCAAUGUCCCAGCGCAGACUUGCUCCCCUCUUAUCAGCAAGCAUCAGCUCAGGCCUGGCCAAAUUGGGUGUCUUGCCACCUUUCCAGCCCAGGGUUAGUGAGAGGUGGAGAUGGGGCUUUUGGGGUGUUGACCAAAUCUGCUCAACAUCUAUUUGUGAACUAUCAUUUCCUGCCAAGCACUGCCCACAGACUGACAGAGCGCCUGCACUGCUCGUGGUGCUGCCAUGCACCACAUGCACAGCUCAGCCAGAUCUCAGCUUGCUGCUGCUCCUGCUGCACUUCACCAGAAAAUUCAGCAUGACAGAAGCAUACGCAGAAACCACAGCUGAAUACGCUUAUGAUGAACAUGCUUUCUCCUGCAACAAAACCGACAUCCAAGAGUUUGGGAAAAUAUUUCUGCCGAUAUUUUACCUUGUGGUGUUUGCUCUUGGCCUCACAGGGAAUCUAAUGGUGGUUUUUGCCAUUGUGAAAGGCAAUAAAAAAAGCGUCACCGACAUCUAUCUCCUGAACUUGGCUGUCUCUGACCUUCUCUUUGUGAUCUCCCUCCCGUUCUGGGCGUCCAACAGGGUCCGUGGGUGGACCCUUGGGACUAUGACAUGUACAGCUGUUUCCUCACUGUAUUACAUUGGUUUCUUUGGGGGCAUGUUCUUUAUCACUGUUAUCAGCGUUGACAGGUACUUGGCCAUUGUCCGGGCAACUUAUUCUCUGAAAUCCAGAACAGUAAGGCACGGCUUUCUUGUAACCUGUGGAGUGUGGGCAAUAGCGGUUUUAGUGUCAGUGCCACAUUUUGUGUUCUCCCAGCUCGUAGAAAAUGACUGCAUUCCUGUCUUCCCAGAGAAGCUGGAGAACAUCUGGCCAGUGUUGUGCAAUAUGGAGCUGAACACCAUCGGCUUUUUCAUCCCAGUCUGUAUCAUAUUCUAUUGCUACUGUGGGAUCAUCAAAACCCUCCUGUCCUGCAAAAAUCAGAAAAAGGCACGAGCCAUAAAACUGAUCUUGGUUGUGGUGGUGGUGUUUUUUCUUUUUUGGUCCCCCUACAAUGUAUUGAUUUUUCUAGAUACUUUAAAUCACUAUGAGUUAUUCACAGAUUGCAACCAAAUUAAGUCAUUGGACUAUGCAAUGCACCUGGCUGAAACCAUUGCAUUCAGUCACUGUUGUCUCAAUCCUUUUAUCUAUGCCUUUGCUGGGGAAAGAUUCAGGAAAUACCUUUAUCAUGUCUGCUUGAAGUGCUGUCCAUUCCAGUGUUUCUGUGGGCCCUGCAGUCACUACCAGGUCCCUCAUUCAGUUAGUUAUGCAGAAAGUGUGGGGAACAGCAACAUAACCCUGAACACCAGCGACCAGGAUGGCUCUGUCUUUGUCUAAAAGGGUCUCAGAAGGAGAAAUGUAUCAAUAUGUGUCUCCUGCAGGGAUAGCAACCACUGAGGGGUUGCAUUUACCCUCGUGAAGAGCCUUAGUGGCUGCACUGAAUUACUGACAUGCCUCUAGUUAAGCAUUAAAUAUUAUAAAACAGUAAAGAUUUAAAAAACAAAAGCAAUACGAUAUGUCAGUGUUGGACAUGGAAUGGAAUCAAGAGCAAAGAAGAGGGAAAGUAGAAACAAAAGGAGCACUCUGUGCCUAGAAAAGGAGCUGGAGAAGAAUUUAAGGAUAGGGAGCCUUUUGAACAGUUCCACCACUGGAACUUGUAUGUAUUUCAGUACACGUGCAUGUGAUACUAAUGUAAAUAGACCUAAACUCAUUUUUUUAAGGGAAAUCCCUUUAAUGAAUGGUGACUGACUUUUAGGAAAAAUUUUACUAUCUUUGAUUGAAAAAGGGUGUAUUUUUGAUGCUGUAUCUCCAUAAGGAAGUGAUUUUGUGGUUAUUGAUUAUAAUAAAUGUUUUAACUGUGCUUUCAUAUGUAAUAAAAUC